AUGCUCCUGCUAGAUCUCUCACCCAUGCGGCUGAAAUGGGGGAAGGAGACCAGAGAACCUCAGUCAGCUUUAAACUCUCUGAAACAUGAUUCAAGACGUAAGAAAACAUUCAGCUGUUCUGAGUGUGGGAAAGUAUUUGGCACCAAGGAACACCUGAAGACACACAUGAGAACUCACACAGGAGAAAAGCCUUUCAUCUGCUCAGUGUGUAGGAAAUCUUUUACACAGAGUGGAGAUUUACAGAGACACAAAAGAAUCCACACAGGAGAGAAAACGUUCAGCUGCUCUCAGUGUGGGAGAAAGUUUGUCCAAAGGGCACAUCUGAAGAGACAUGUGAUAACUCAUACAGGAGAGAAACCUGUCAGCUGCUCAGUUUGUGAUCAAAGAUUUGGCUGCAAGACACAUCUGAAGACUCACAUGAGAAUCCACACAGGAGAGAAACCUUUCAGCUGCUCAGUUUGUAAGAAAUCUUUUAGACAGAGUGGAAAUUUAAAAUCUCACAUGAAACAACACACAGGAGAGAAAACUUUCAGCUGCUCUGAGUGUGGGAGAAGAUUUAGUCAAAAGUCAAAUCUGAAGAGUCACAUGAGAACUCAUACAGGAGAAAAACCUUUCAGCUGCUCAGUCUGUAAGAAAUCUUUUACACAGGGUAGCAAUUUAAAAUAUCACAUGAAACAACACACAGGAGAGGAACCGUCUACUUCCUGAGUAAGUGACCUCAGAAAGCAGCAGGAGUGGAGCUCCAGCGUGGACCAGGAGCAGCCAGAGAAUCUCAGCCAGGUUGGAACUCUCUGAACCAUAGAAAUAAAAUGGAUAGAAAGGCCAUUUCCAUUCAAAUCAAUGUAGCAUAAUGGUCAGAGUGGCAGCCUUUUUUAUGUGUACCGUUGCCAUUCAGUAUAAGCCGACUUCUGGCGAGUCGCGGAGCUGAGGCUAAAUGUCAAAUUAACUUCAUGCUUCAGCCACACAAAGCACACUGCUAUCACCACGAGUAACAGCUUUAUUCGGCUUGUUUUCUGUGAAGGAUGUGGCGAGUUGGUGACGUUAAGGCGGAGUAAGCAAGCUAAUGUUAGCCAAAUAAGUUGUUCUCCGGAUGGCUGGUUCCGCCUUGCUGUCAUGCUGCAUCAGUUACAGACCAUGUUGGGCAAGUUACUUCCAAAAUAUAAUAUAUUAUUGAUCACUAGUUACUGCCAUUUGAGAGUAAUUCGUUAUAUUACAAUAUUACUGUCUCUGAAUUGUAAUGCUUUACGCUACUUUUGCGUUACUUUUAAACAAUUCCUGAAAUUAAUGUCCGUGUCGCAAAUGUAUCCGUCUCUGCAGUCAUUUCAACCACCGAAUCCAGCAACAGGAAAUAUCACUCGCUGACUUUUUUUCUCUGUGCUGAAAUAU